AUGGCGCUGGCUCGGGGGGGCCGGGGGCACACGGGGGUUUAGGGUCCCCCCCUCCCUCGAGCCGGGCCCUGUAGCGGGGACUGGCUGGGGAGAUCCCUCCCACUGCUGCCGGUGGGGUCUGCUGGGGUCGAGACCCCCGACCUUGGGACAAGUGUGAGUGACACCCUGGGGGUGCCCACCUCUGGUGGGGGAGUUGAGAGUGAUGUGACUGGGUGCACCCAGCCGGGUGGGCACGGUACCCUGGGGCCAGGAGCCCCCUCAAGGGGACACACAGCAGUGAUGCUCACACCCCCUCAGGACCUGCUGCCUACUGGGGAGCACCUGUGACCUGCCAGGGUGGUGGCUGUGACCUGCUGGGGAUGGUGGGCACUGGGAUGGCUCUCACCACCUGCUGGGAUUGUGGCCAUGAUCCACCAGGAUGGUGCCCAUGGCUUUCUGGGAUGGUGCCUGUGACCUGUCAGGGUGGGUCCCACCACCUGCAGGGAUGGUGACCAUCACCCGCCCGGAUGGUGGCUGUGAUGGUGACCAUGGCACCCCUGGGAUGGUAGCCAUGACCUGCAAGGGUGGUUCCACCACCUACUGAAAUGAUGGCCAGACCCCCUGUGCUGUUUGCCAUGACCCCCUGUGAUGGGGCAAGACAGGUCCCACCACCUGUUGGUGUGGUGCCCGUCAUCCAUCAGGAUGGUGCCCAUGACCCCCUGGGGUGGUGAGUGUGACCCCCAGCUUGUGUCCCACCACCUGCUGGGAUGGUGCCCCCGAGGUGUGUCCCACCCACCCUGUCCCUGUCCUUGUCGCUGUCCCUGUCCCUGUCCCGGUGGCACUGUGGGGGUGCCAUGCCUGUGCCUGUGCCCACACCAGUGUCCCCACCGUGUCCCCACAGAGGUGCUGCUGCGGGUGCAGGUGUUUGAGAGUGGGACUCUGGCCCCGCUGCCGCAGGCGGCCCUGGACGUGUUUGGCGCCCGCAGCGCGCUGGCAGCCGGGACCACCGACCACACGGGCACCGGGGUCCUGCCCGUGCCCUACCGCCUGGGCUCCUGGCUGCUCGUCACCGCCGCGCGUCGCGGAUACGUCACCGCCUCUGUCCCCUGGCGCGUCACCAAACUGCCACUCUACGCCUCCAUCAGCCUCUACCUGCUCCCGGAGCGCCCGGCCACCCUCAUUCUCUACGAGGACCUGGUCCAGAUCCUCCUGGGAUCCCCAGGUGGCCGUGGGCAGCCGUGGGCGCAGUUUCCCCGGCGGGCAGCCCGCCUGCCCCGCAGCUCUACCUACAGCCAGCUCGCCGCAUCCCUCACCGCCGCCUCCGGCCCCGGCCCGGCCCGCGCCUUCCCCGCCUUCCUCGGGGCCGAGCAGGACGGCAGCGCCAAUGGCACCUGGCUGGAGCUGGCGCCGGUGGCGGCUGUCAGCGUCCACCUGUUCACCGGGAACGGGACCGAGGUGCCGCUGGCCGGCCCCGUCCACCUGUCCGUCCCUUUGGCCCCCGACGCCGCGGCCGUGGUGGCCACCAGCGUGCCAGCCUGGAGGUUUGACCCCAAGAGCGGGCUGUGGGUCCGUAACGGGACGGGGCUGAUCCGAAAGGAAGGCCGGCAGCUGUACUGGACGUUCGUCUCCUCCCAGCUGGGAUACUGGGCAGCAGCUCUGCCCUCCCCCAGCACAGGGCUGGUGGCGAUGGCAGCAGGUGUGACAGACAUCACCACCUACCACACCAUCUUCCUCCUCACCAUCCUGGGUGCCCUGGCGCUGCUUGUCCUCAUCCUCCUCUGCCUCCUCAUCUACUACUGCAGGCGGCGGUGCCUGAAGCCGCGGGCGCAGCACCGCAAGCUGCCGCUGCCGGGGCCGCUGGACGCGGCGCGCCGAGACCAGGCCACGUCGGUGUCCCAGCUGGACCUCCUGUGCGGGGGCAGCCACCUGGAGACCGCCUCCUCGGGGGGGGACACCGACCUGCCCACCCCCAGCCUGCCCCCCUCGACCCACCGGGGGGUGAUGCCCACCCUGCUCAUCCCCGCCCGCUACAUGCGCCUGGCCCCCGGCGAGCCCGAGGGUCCCCCCGAAGCCGAUGGGGGACCCGGCUCGACGGCGGCCACGGCCGCGCCCCCGCCCCCCCCAUCCUCCGGGCAGCCCUUCGAGGAAGGGGAAAACUGGGGCGGGGCCCGUGCCCCCCAACCGGUGAGUGGCUCGGUGGCCAUCCCGGUGCUGCUGGACGGGUCGGCGGUGGCCCAGCUCAACGGGGAGCUGCAGGCGCUGGCGGGGCAGCAGCUCCUGGAACUGGGGGGGCCGCGACCCCCGAGAGCCUGGUUCGUGUCUUUGGACGGGCGCUCCUCCCAGGUUCGGCAUUCCUACAUCGACCUGCAGGGCAGCGAGAGGGGUCCCGGCCCCGCGCCCCCUCCCCGUCUUCCCCGGGCGGCCGGAGGCGGGGAGGAGGACGGGGGGCCCCGGCCCCCCCUGCCCGCAGCCUCCCCCGAGGACAGCUCGCUGGCCCCCUUGCUGGAAGCGGGCAGCGGGGGGCGGCGAGGGGGGGGCAGCGGGCGCAGCAGCGCCAGCGAAGCCCCCCGAGACUCCCUGACCAGCCCCGAGGAGGAGGCGCUGGCCGAGGCGGGCGACGCGGGGGACGACGGGGGCGACCGCAAGAGCCCCUGGCAGAAGCGGGAGGAGCGGCCUCUGAUGGUCUUCAAUGUCAAGUGA